GAUGGAUGGAGGCAACAUCCCAAAUUCAGUACUGGCUGCCGUAUUCUGAUCUGCUGUGUUGGAAUCUCAGAAGUCGAGAAAUUCUCUACUGGAGAACGAGGGAGAGAGAGCAAGGGAAGGGGGCUGAGGAAGACGACUGUUAGGGGGGAAUGAAGACGGCAGACGUGAACGGCGGAGGCUGCACCGGUGGGGAAAAGAUCAGCAGCGGCUCCGGCAAUGGUGAUAGAGGACGGGCGAAGAAAGGCGGUUGGGGAAGGGUGGGGAGUUUUCAGCGGGAUCUGGUGGCGGGGGCCGUGAUGGGUGGACUGGUGCACACAGUGGUUGCGCCGAUCGAACGGGCGAAACUUCUUCUACAAACGCAGGAGAGCAACGCCGCCAUUCUUGGUUUGACUGGUCACGCGCGUAAGGUUCGCUUUCGCGGCAUGGUUGAUUGCAUCGCCCGCACUGUCCGCGAGGAAGGCGUACUUUCUCUUUGGCGUGGCAACGGCACUAGCGUUCUCCGUUACUACCCUUCCGUCGCCCUCAAUUUCUCUCUCAAGGACCUUUACAGAGGCAUGCUCAGGGAGGAUGGAGAGGCAUCUCCGGCGGGCGGAUUGACCUCAGCCGCCACCGUCAACUUUCUGGCAGCUGCCGGCUGCACCACACUCGUUCUCAUUUACCCUCUCGACAUCGCCCACACCCGGCUUGCCGCCGACAUUGGCAAGUCGGACUCGCGCCAGUUUAGAGGCAUUCUCCACUUCCUCCAAACCAUCCACAAAACCGACGGCAUCCGAGGCAUCUAUAGAGGCCUCCCUGCCUCCCUCCACGGCAUGGUGAUCCACCGUGGCCUCUACUUUGGCGGCUUCGACACUGCUAAGGAGUUUCUCGUGUCAGAAAACUCGGCUUUAUGGAAAAGGUGGGCGACCGCGCAGCUGGUCUCCACGAUGGCCGGGCUGAUUUCCUAUCCGCUCGAUACCGUGCGACGGCGGAUGAUGAUGCAGUCCGGGUUGGAGAAGCAGAUGUAUGGCAGCACUGCAGACUGCUGGAGGAAGAUAUAUGAGACGGAAGGAGUCGUCUCAUUCUACCGCGGUGCGGUUUCGAACAUGUUUAGGAGCACCGGAGCAGCUGCCAUUUUGGUAUUGUAUGAUGAGGUGAAGAGGUUCAUGAACUGGGGCCGAUUAUGACAGGUACAUCCAUUUUUUUUUGGGAAAUUUGCAUACAUACCACACAAUUCUUAUGUAUUUUUGUUUGAUAUUUACACU